UCCAUAAUUUCAAAAUGUACAGAUCUGCGGGUAUCACUGGAAAAGGUUCUAUUAUCAUCAUUUUCUUCUUCUUUCUUUACAGCACACUUCAUUCCAAAAUUUAUCCACAAACCUUUCCCUGUUUACAAGAAAUGGCCAGUACCAAUCGUUCAAAAGAUUCCUAUGUUUAAAACUAUCAUUGUGAAAGAAAAAGUGGCAGUACCAAAACCAUUCCCAGUAUAUGUACCAAAAGAAGUCAUCAGAUAUGUAACAAAGGAAGUUGAAGUACCAAGACCACAUUUCGUUAAAGUACCACAACCUUUCCCAGUUAUCCAAACCAAAGUUGUAGAAAAAAUUGUACCAAAGAAAGUUAAUGUACCUUUCGGAGUACCAGUUCAAGUUCCCGUUCCAGACCCAGUACCAGUCUUUCCCCAACAAGUAAACACUGCUCCAGUCGAUUUGGGUACCCAAGUUAUUGAUAAUGGAUUUGGUGGUCACCAAGGCGGAGGUGGUGGCGGCGGUGGUCAUGGAGGUAAUAUUCUCCCGGUCCCAUUAAACGGCGGAGGCGGUCAAUGGGACCAAGGACUAGGAGGUGGAGCCGGCGGUCAAUGGGAUCAAGGUUUCGCAGGCGGAGCUGGAGGACAAUGGGACCAAGGAGUAGGUGGCGGAGCAGGAGGACAAUGGGACCAAGGAUUAGGAGGCGGAGCUGGAGGUCACGGCGGACAAUGGGACCAAGGAGUAGGAGGUGGUCAGAAUUUUGGACCAACUAGGGGUGAUAUGUCAGUUAAUUUCGGACCUGAUCCAUUUGCACAAGGAGGUGCUGACUUUUUGGGAGGCGGAGGAGUUGGUGGAACAAUUAACCAAGAUUUAUGGGGACUUAACCCAGUUCUUGAUGGUGGACAAAAUUCUCAUGCUGGUGGUAAAAAGUUGUAAGAUGCAGAUGAAGAAUUUCCUGUCAGGACCAUUACAAAGUCAAGUUCACUGUUUUAUUUUAAUAAAUUGGUUAAAAAUAA